UUGUGUUGUUAGGUUCGUAUUUGAACAUUUCUUAGCUAUUGCAUAUUACUCCUUGAAGAAUCCACCUUACAAUAUGUCGUUGAUGAAGUUACUGGGGACGCCAACACGCCGUCUUUUGUGGAUGAGCCCUUGUCGCAUUGGAACUGUAUUUUUUAAAUGCUUUGCAACGAGUAAUCAGAACACACCUACGAAAAACAAAUAUGACUACGAUUUGUUGGUGCUGGGAGGAGGUUCUGGAGGCUUGGCCUGCGCCAAAGAAGCCGUUGAGCAUGGAGCGCGUGUGAUUUGCUUUGACUUCGUGAAACCCACACCGGUGGGCACUAAAUGGGGUGUCGGCGGUACCUGCGUCAACGUGGGCUGCAUACCCAAGAAACUAAUGCAUCAGGCUUCGCUUCUGGGCGAGGCUGUACACGAGGCUGUGGCUUAUGGCUGGAAUGUGAACGAUCAGAACAUCAAGCCAGACUGGAAAAAGCUGGUAAAGUCAGUUCAGGGUCACAUAAAGUCCGUGAAUUGGGUGACGCGUGUAGAUUUGCGGGACAAGAAGGUCGAAUAUGUGAACUCGAUGGGAGUCUUUGUGAAUGACCACACCAUAGAGUACAAGACGAAAGAGAAUGAAACGAAAAAGGUAACCGCCGAAUAUAUUGUUGUGGCUGUGGGCGGACGACCCCGUUACCCGGACAUACCAGGUGCUACGGAAUUCGGCAUUACCAGUGAUGAUAUAUUUAGCUUGGAACGUGAGCCCGGACGCACCCUUGUUGUGGGUGCCGGGUAUGUUGGUUUGGAAUGUGCCUGCUUCCUGAAGGGCUUGGGCUAUGACCCGACUGUUAUGGUACGUUCCAUAGUGCUGCGUGGCUUUGAUCGACAAAUGUCCGAGUUGCUAGCUGCCAUGAUGGUGGACAGAGGUGUGACAUUUUUACACACAACCAUCCCAACGGCUGUUGUGAAGCAACCGGAUGGGAGAUUGUUGGUGAAAUAUUUAAAUACCUCGACACUGGCGCAAAAUAGUGAAAUAUUUGACACGGUUCUGUGGGCCAUCGGACGGAAAGGUCUAAUCGAUGAUCUCAAGCUAGAUGCAGCGGGCAUUAAGACAAAAAAUGAUAAGAUUGUUGUGGAUGGCAGCGAAGCCACAAAUGUGCCGCACAUCUUCGCAGUGGGCGACAUUAUCUAUGGUCGUCCAGAGCUAACCCCUGUAGCUAUAUUAUCGGGUCGCUUGCUAGCGCGUCGCCUCUUUGCCGCAUCAAAUCAGUUGAUGGACUAUGCUGAUGUGGCUACCACGGUAUUCACACCACUGGAAUACUCAUGCGUGGGCAUGUCCGAGGAAACGGCCAUUCAGAAGCAUGGUAGUGAAAAUAUUGAAGUCUUUCAUGGCUACUAUAAGCCGACGGAAUUCUUUAUACCGCAGAAGAGUGUGCGUCAUUGCUAUUUGAAAGCCGUGGCUGAAAUUACGGGGGAUCAGAAGGUCUUGGGUCUGCACUAUAUUGGACCUGUGGCAGGUGAGGUCAUACAGGGUUUUGCUGCGGCCUUAAAAUCGGGUCUAACCAUCAAGACCCUGCUGAAUACUGUGGGAAUACAUCCAACAACAGCUGAGGAGUUUACGCGACUGUCAAUCACUAAGCGUUCGGGCCGUGAUCCAACGCCGGCCUCUUGUUGCAGUUAGGUUAAAAGAGACUUCUACUCGCAUGCUUGUUUUUUUUUUCUUUUCAAAGUAUAUUUGUUUUCUGAUUCAAAUAAAACAAAUCAGAAUAAGUACUAUUUUA